AUGGGCCUUUCAUUCGUUUACCUCUACUUCAGUGCCCUCUUCUUCGUCCUUGUUCAUUCCAAACACCAUGGUCUUAGGAGGCGGGAUGAUAGUCCUAGUCCAAUUAUCGGACUAGGAAGCCUUGUCGCUGCAUGUGAUCGUGGGGAUCCUGAAACCACGUAUUAUACGGCCGAGGUCGGGGUACUGUUCACCGUGGUCACUCAGAACUGUCCCGGCGCUGGCCUAGAUACUGUCGCAGGUUCUCAAAACAUUAACGGAGAUUAUUAUCCGAUAUCUGCUACGAAAAGGCAGAGCGAUUCGUGUACGUCGUAUGCUUAUUCUUUCGCGGCCGGCUUUUCUCAUUAUAAAUAUUCCUUACAUUUUGGAUCUGUUGUUCAUUCGUCUAAUGGAUUGAUCAUGAACCAUGCCAUAUUACGGACAUACAGGCAGUUUAGCGUGUGA